AUGUGGAUCUCGACAAGAGGAGCGGCGGAGCAAGGUCAUCUUUCCAGUGAGGAUGUGUUCGGUAAUGUUGUCACCUUCGUGACGAGGUCUUCCAGCAGGGUUUCACGAUGGUUCGGUCCGGCGAGGAGGAUGGCUUCGCGUCAUGACACGGAGAAAACGACGGUCCCACGUGGUGGAUGCGACGAACUGGGAUUCGAGCGGCGAUGCAGAAUUUGA